UCUAAAUUCUCCACUUUUAAUGCCAAAAAUAAAAUAACAUCCUCUGCUUCUUCCUCUUCUUUUCUUCUUUUCUUCUUCUCUUCUUCUCUUCUUCUUCUUCCUUCUCUCAUUCUCUCUCUCUCUCCUCAAAUCUAGACAGAGAAACUGAGGGAAACUGCUUACAUUUCUCAACACUCUCUCCCCCAAAAUCUACAUCUAAAUCAAUCAAAAUCUCCCUUCUUCCCUUGAUUCCUUCACUUCCCCCCCCUGUUUCUCUCUCCAAAUCUUCACUCCCGAAAUCCCCAUUUCGGAUUGACAAUAAUCCUAAUUCAUUCCUCCGCCAUUGAUGCUCCUUAUCCAUUCUUCUCUUUCUUUGCUGUUUCCCCAUUGAUUUUCCUUUCUUCAAACAUCGGAUGAAGAAGAAAAAAGGGGAACAUGGAUUCUUUUUUGUUUCUGCGAUUAUUGUAUGAAUCUCAAUUUUUUGUUCAUUUUGAGCCUAAUUCUCGGUAAUGUUGUUUUGGAUUCGUUUGAAUGAAAUUCCAUCCUCAAUUCUUUCAUUCUCUACCUGAUCUUCCCCCCCUUUUGAUCUGAUUUAACCAUAAAACGAUUGAUCGUUUUGAAUUAUUUAUAAUUAAUUUAUGCAAUUCUUUCUAUCACCCUUUUGUUAAUUCGUCAAUGGGAUGUGUAAGCUCUAAACCAAAUCGAUGCCGUCAUUGCCGGCGGCCAUAUUCGCCGAUUUCUCGAAGCUACUCUAUGCAAGUUCAUCAUCCACCACAAGCCAAAGGUGAUAGUUAUCACGUCGUUGCCUUAACCUCCUCUACAUUAGGUUCGUUGGAGCUCGGAAUCAAUGGCCACGGUGGGGGUGGGGGUGGAGGUGGGGAUGGUGAUGGUGGGGGUUAUCAUCACCAUCAAUCACAGAGAAGUAAUAGUUACAAGACGAUUGAGGAUUUCAAAACAGGAUUAGCCGAAGCGAAGACAUGGUCGAACAUUAUCACAGAGAAAAUCCCUAAAACAACAUCGAAAACUCCGAUCAGAACGCCGCCGGGGGAGCCGGAGACGAUCAACGCAUGGGAGCUCAUGGAAGGGCUUGAGGAUGUUAGCCCUCUCAGGUCUCCGAGCGGAUUUCGAAGCCUCUCGUUCGAUUUCGGUAACCGUACGGUUGUCGAUCCCUUUCUAAAUCGAUCGCCCGAGCCGAUUUCGAAAGCAAAUGGUAACAAUUCAUCUCAGAAACCUCUCUGGCUUCAAUUAAAAGAAGAAGAAGAAGACGCUGAAAUUGAAGAUGAAAAUCCAAACUCCGAUUCAAUGGCUUCCGAUUUCGACCCGGAAGUAAUUUCAUCGUUUCGAAAAUCUCUUCAACAGCUCUCCCCGGACCACCCAUUUCACCUCCGCCCGGUAGAAAAUCCAAAGCACCAACAGCCACCGUCAGCCAUCGUGGAUCCAAAGAAAUUCUACAGUUGGCCAGGGGAGAAGAAAAGGGAUAAGGUUAUUCUAUACUUUACAAGCUUGAGAGGGAUUCGUAAGACAUAUGAAGAUUGUUGCCAUGUUAGAGCAAUUCUAAGAGCUAUUAGAGUUCGUGUAGAUGAAAGAGAUGUGUCAAUGCAUAGUGGGUUUAAAGAAGAGCUAAAGCAGCUAUUAAUGGAAGAUCAGAACAAAAAUAGUGGAGGGAAUUUACCCAGAGUGUUCAUUGGGAGGAAGCAACUCGGUGAUGCUGAAGAAAUUAGGAGGUUACAUGAAGAUGGGCAGCUAGAGAAAUUGCUUGAAUGUUGCGAGAAAAUUGAAAAUGGUGAUGGUGUCUGUGAAGGUUGUGGGGAUAUAAGAUUUGUGCCAUGUGAGACGUGUUGUGGAAGCUGUAAAGUGUUUUAUGAAGAAGAAGAUUACGAAGAAGAAGUUGAAGAAGAAGAAGAAGAAGAUGGGUAUGGUUUUCAAAGAUGUCUUGAUUGCAAUGAAAACGGGCUUGUAAGAUGCCCAAUCUGCUGCCAUUAAUGCAAAAUCACAAGUGGACACAAUGAUAACAUACAUGGAGGAGUUGUGUGUACAAGUGUAAAGAAAAAUGACUUUAGGAAAAGGCAAAGCUCUGUGUUGCAGCAUGCAAAUGUGUUGAUAAUAAUAAUAAAAAAAAAGUAUAUAGAGAGAGAGAUGUAAUUGAAGAAAAACAAGAAGAGGAGAUUUUAGGAUGAAAUUGGAAUGGAGGUUUGGUUGGUCACAACUCAUAAGAAAUGGACAAUAAUGCAUAUGAUGAAUCUAGCUAGAGAGACAGAGAGGGGAGAAAAAAGGUCAAUUUUGAUAAUUGUUUGUUGUCAAAAAGCAUGGGCCAUAAAUUCUUUUACCAAACAGUGCCAUUUAUUUCUCUUCAAGGCAACCACUACAAAUAGAUCAUCCAUCAUGUGGUGCAUAUUUUUCAUUGAGUUAUCUCAGCUAAAAUUAAAAUAAAAAUAAGGAACUAUAAAUGUCAA